AUGGGUCCUGUGCUAGACACCUUCGGACAAGGAAUCCUCGAGUACGCAAUCGUCGUUGACGAUUUCUUUUCUCCUUCGUUUCCGAUAGCAGAUGUUCUUUUCCAUCGUGUGGCUAAGUCGUAUUUUCGCACGAAGGAGAGAAUGAUCAGAACCACUACAAAAGGUUGGUACUACCGAGACGUCAAGUGGACACCACAACCGACCCUGGCAGUUGGCUCCGUGUUCAAUCCACCGAUGUCACAAGCUCCUUUGCUUCAGACCUGUCUUGCCCCGCCUGGAGCUGAUCCAGGAUCCACUUCAAAUAUUCAGAAGUUGCUGAUCAUCUUUGCAGUCGCCGACGUUAUCUCUGGACAAACCAGUGAUUCGUCUGGUGGAAGCGAUGCUAGCCCAGGUGUGACUACCACCACGAUUGCUCCAAGUGAAAACACGAUGUGCCCACAAAACCAAGUGAUAACCGAUGCUGUAAGGAAUACAUUCCUAACACGUAUCAAUCAGAUAAGAUCACGAGUUGCUCGAGGCCUUUUCGUCACGAGUUCAGGAGUGUAUGCUCGUCAAGCACUAAAAAUGAUUAAACUUACCUACAGUUGCCCCGCAGAAACCAGUGCCAACAACUGGGCUGUACGGUGCCAGAACAUGGACUCGGGGACAACUGCUUAUGCUGAGACCAGAUACAUUUAUCAGGGAACUACUGCUGUCUAUGACACCGUCGCAAGAACGGCUGUGAACUCUUGGAGGGAUGAAGUAAAUACUGGAAGUCUGCCCAUGGCUGGGACGACACCACAGUAUAUUUACCAAACAAAUCUUGGAAUACCAAAUUUUGCAAAGAUGGUUUGGGACACUGAGAGGCAAGUUGGCUGCUCGAUAACAAGAUGCUCUACAUUUACGAACGUGGUUUGCCACUUUACUCCAAGAGGAGGUAUUGCUGGCUCUCAAAUGUACAAGCCAGGGCCCUUCUGCAGGCGUUGCGCAAACAUUGGGUUGCCUACCUGUUCUGAUGGACUUUGCAGCGCUUGA